AAUGAAAAUGGCCUUACAAAUCAAUUUGGUAAAUUGCAGACGAUUUUUAUUCCAAGCCGUUGCUAUUUUAGGAAAGCUGAAAUGAUCGAACAAUCGGUUCCAGUUCUUCGUUGGUAAAAAUGUGACCAGUUUAAUUACUAAAUUAUUUUAUGGUUUUGAGAGGACACAUAACUUUCAUUUUCAAAAAUCUGAUUACGUUUUUUUAUGGAAUUGAUACUUUAAGAUGGGAGAAGAACAAGUAGAAAUGAUAACAGAAUGGCCUGUGUUCUCGGACCACCAAAGGAAAGCUGCAAGUCCUUUUAGACAGUCAUCUGCAGACAGCGUCAGUUGGGACAAUGGCAUAAUUGGCACACACGAGAAUGUAUCUAAAGUAACUAAAAAUGUGGAGACGAGCCAGCAUGCAAGUGCAGGAAAAAACAUUUUAGUCAAUGUUCCUAUGAAACUAACAGGUCAAAAGUACGCCAGCAUACCCAGCUGACACAAGCAAGGACAUUUUUGUCAGAAAAGAACAAUGAUGGACAAAAAGAGAUGCUAGCACAAGCUAGGCUUGCACGAUGGUGGCGCAGAAAUUGCCAGCAACUGGCAAGUUUCAAAAGCAGUGCUGGUGGACUACCAAACACUACAAACCCCAACACUCUUCUUUUUCAUGUUGCCAGAUCAUCAGAAGGGAAAGAAUUUCUUCAGGAGGAGAGCAUACAGUUGAAAAAGCGUUUGGAUAAAGGAGAAAGAACGGCAGGCUUGAUGGCAGCUCUGGGUUCUGUUGAAGAAUGGCUUCAUCAUUCAGAAGAUGCUGUAAAUUAUUUUACAGAGGCUGUUAAAAUGGAACCAGAAAAUAAAGAAUGGCAGUGGCAUCUCCAAAAAGCAUUAAGACAACAGAGCAUUAAUUUCCAACAGUUACAGCUACUUCCUAUGCUGGAAACCAUAAGAACUUUCCCACAACCUACCCAGGUGGAAAGAGUAUCAUACAAAAACCUCAGCUUCUAUGACUUCUUCAUGAAGUAUGCUUUACGACGUGUACCAGUCAUCAUUACAAACAUGGUGCCGACUAUUACAACAGUGCCUUGGGAUCUUCAACACAUCAGAGAUGUUGCAGGUAACUGCGAAGUAAAGGUUAAAAGGUCAGUUCCUGGCUCAGUUGAGUGGGCUGGACUAGAAGAAUCAAGGACUGUCAAGGUAGCAGAGUUUAUUGAGAAUCUUCAUAAUCACCAGGACUACCUUUUUGAUUGGAGUUUGCCUUUGUAUUGUCCUCAGCUAGCAAAAGAACUGACAAUACCUAGAUACUUUGCUGGUGAUUUCUUACAACGCACAGCACCAGGCACUCUGUAUAAAGACAGCUGGCCAAGUCUCUUCAUUGCACCAUCUGGCAUCAAUAGUGGUUUACAUAUUGAUGCCUUUGCCUCGAACUUUUGGAUGGCCUUGUUCCAGGGAAAGAAAAAGUGGAUAUUCUUUCAAAAAGAGGAUACACCUUGCUUGUACCCUGUCUAUUCUCACAGUCUUGACCCUACAUUGGCUAGUGUUGUGAACCCUGAUAUGGUUAAUCAUCCAUUGUUGUCAUUAGUACAUCCAGUGGAAUGUAUUUUGAAUGCAGGAGAGAUUCUGUUUGUACCUGGAGGAAGCCCACAUUAUGUUGAAAAUCUUGAGACAACCUUGGCCAUCUCUGGAAAUUUUGUCGAUCUUUCCAAUUGGCGACGAGCUCUAAGCGAACUUGAGGUCAAUGGAUUAACAGACCCAAGGGCAGCAGAUUUGGCCUGGCAGUUUCGACAACCUACCUUUGUGUCUAAUAUGGACAGCUGUAUAAGUGAUCUCCCUUGGCUCUCUUUCAAGACGUGGCCUCCGCAACCCUCGGACAUUUCUAAGAUGGAUAUCUCUGAACAGAACUUUGAUUUUCUGCACCAGAAGGGUUCUUAAUGAGUUUAUCUCCCAUAAGUAAAUCAGACAUAUAGUAUAAAUAUAUACGCAAUCGAAGAAUUUGUGCUGUGCUGUGCUGUACCUUUGAAGGCUAACUCAGGAUGAGAUGUAGAAGUUAACGUUAACUACAUUAUCAUUAAAGUAAAUAAAAAUUAAAAGCAAAUGACAUAUGGAAGUUUUUUCUAAAAAAAAUAUAUGGCCGUACUUUAAUUUGUGAGUUUUCAUGAAGUUGGUAAAAUAAAACUGAACUGGUAUCCCUCUU